ACAGCAACUCAAAAAACUAUCAACAAGCAUCCACAAGAGGAACGCGAUAAAAUUAAAAUCACAUUUGGAGAAAAUUCCGGUGGAGAUCUCAAUGGCGUCGAAGGAAAUGAAGAAGGAGAGAGCAGAGGUAGCGGCGAGGCUUGCUGCUUCCGAUCUCAGAGACAUUAAAAGAGACGAGGAGAAGCACGCAGCGGCGCCUGGAACCGAGAAAAAAGCCACGGUGGAGGUCGUGGAGACGGACCGGGCGGCGGCACAUGAUCAGCAGCAGAGGUCCGGGGUGAUCGGAUCUGUACUGAAGGCGGUGCAGGACACGUAUGAACACGCGAAGGAGGCGGUGGUUGGGAAGAGCCAGGAAGCGGAGGAGAGAGGCCAGGAGGUGAAGGACGCGUCGGCGGAGAAGGCAAGAGAGACGACGGAGGAGGCGAAGAGGAAAAUGGACGAGUAUGGAAGUGCAGCGGCAGAGAAGGCGAGGGAGACGAAGGAAGCCACCGGCGAUACGGUGGCGUCGGCGAGAGGGAAAAUGAGUGAAUAUGGAGAGAAAACGAAGAACAAGACAGGCGAAUACACAGAUUAUGCGGCGGAUAAGGCGAGGGAGACGAAGGACGCGGCGGCAAGAAAAGCAGGGGAAUACAAAGACUAUACAGCGGAGAAGACGACGGAGGCUACAGAAUCCGCAAAAGGAAAGGCCGGCGAGUAUAAGGAUUACGCAGCGGAGAAGGCAAGGGAAGCGAAGGACGCUGCGGCCAGAAAAGCAGGGGAAUAUAAAGAUUACACAGCGGAGAAGGCGAAGGAAGCGAAGGACGCUGCGGCGAGAAAAGCAGGGGAAUACAAAGAUUACACAGCAGAGAAGACUAGGGAAGCGACAGAAUCGGCGAAGGGGAAGGCGGGUGAGUACAAAGACUACGCGGCGGAGAAGGCGAAUGAAGCGAAGGAGAAGGCAGCAGAGUACAAGGAUUACACGGAGGAGAAGGCGAAGGAGACGAAGGAUGCGGCGGCAAGGAAGGCAGGGGAAUACAGAGACUAUACAGCGGAGAAAGCGAGAGAGACAUCGGAGUACACGGAGGAGAAGGCGAAAGAAGGAAAGGACACGACAGUAAGCAAACUGGGGGAAUUGAGAGAUUCAGCGGCGGAUGCUGCAAAGAGAGCCAUGGAAUACUUAUCUGGAAAGAAAGAGGAAGCGAAGGAGAAAUCUUUCGAGACUAAAGAAGCCGCCAAGGAAAAGAUGGGCGAAUCGGAGGAGGCCGCGAGGAGGAAGAUGGAGGAGCUGAGGCUGGAGGGAGGAGGGAGCGACAGAGAAGAAGCAAAAGUGACACUCGAGCGUAAUAGAGGAAGUGGCGGGAAGGGGGGAGACACGGUGGUGGUAGGGAUGGAGGAGACAAGGCCGGGGGCGCUGGCCUCGACUUUGAAGCAGGCGGACGACAUGGCGGGGCAGACUUUCAACGACGUUGGUCGAAUGGACGAGGAUCGUUCGAAGGAUCGUCAGGGGAAAAUGUGAAAUCUGAUAUGAAAAUGCUAGCUUGUGUUGAUCGUUGAUCGUCGAUCGUCGAUCGUCGUCUGUUUUCUGCUGCACUUUUCUUUUUUCGAAUAAUGAAUUUUCAUAUUUGGGAACCGUACAGUUUUGUGCUUAUUUUGGAUGGAUCGAUGGAUGAACUGUGUAAUAAAACAAACAAAA